AUGGAUAAUGAAAUUGUUAAAGAACGUAGGAAAGUCCAUGAACUUUUGAAAAUUGAAACUGAAAUUCAAAAGAAAUGGGAGGAUGCAAAAGUUUUUGAGUGUGAUGCUAGUGACGAAAAAGUUGAGAAAUUUAUGACAACGUUUCCUUAUCCAUAUAUGAAUGGACGUCUUCAUUUAGGACACACUUUUACUGUAUCUAAAGCAGAGUUCACUCUUGGUUAUCAACGCUUAUUAGGAAAAAAAACUUUGUUUCCAUUUGGUUUUCACUGCACUGGAAUGCCAAUAAAGGCUUGUGCUGAUAAAUUAGCACGUGAAAUAGAAACUUAUGGAUAUCCACCAAAAUUCCCAAGUGAAGAAGUCGAAACUAAUGAAGUUGUUGAAACUGAUGUCAUUGCUGAGAUAACCAAAGACAAAUCAAAAGGAAAGAAAUCUAAAGCUGUUGCUAAAGCAGGUACAGCUAAAUUUCAAUGGGAAAUUAUGCAAUCACUUGGUUUAAGCGAUGAAGAAAUUAAGGAAUUCGCCAAUCCAAUCCAUUGGUUAUACUAUUUUCCACCAAAAGCUAUUAUGGAUUUAAAAAAAUUAGGUAUGAAAAUUGAUUGGAGAAGAAGUUUUAUAACAACAGAUGUCAAUCCAUUUUAUGAUUCAUUUGUUUCGUGGCAAUUUAGAAAAUUAAAAGAGGCUAAGAAAAUUGAUUUUGGUAAAAGAUAUACUAUUUUUUCACCAAAAGAUGGACAACCAUGUAUGGAUCAUGAUAGAUCAAGUGGUGAAGGAGUUGGCCCACAAGAAUAUACAUUAAUUAAAUUGGAGAUUAUUGAGAAAACAAAAUAUUUAAGUGAUAAGUUACAAGGAAAUGACAAAAAAAUUUACCUUGUUGCUGCCACUUUAAGGCCGGAAACAAUGUAUGGACAGACAAAUUGUUAUCUUCAUCCAGAUAUUGCUUAUUCAGUUUUUUAUGUUAAUACAGAUGAAUCUGAAAUGUUUGUAGCAACUAAACGUGCUGCAAGAAAUAUGUGCUAUCAAGAUAUGACAAAGGAAUAUGGCCAUAUUCAUUUUGUUGAGGGACUUGAAACAAUUUAUGGAAGAGAUUUACUUGGCUGUGGAUUAAAAGCACCUCUUACAAAUUAUAAAAAAGUUUAUGCUUUACCUAUGUUAACAAUUAAAGAUGAUAAAGGAACUGGUGUUGUUACUUCUGUUCCAUCAGAUUCUCCUGAUGAUUUAGCUGCUUUAAAUGACUUAAAAAAGAAACCUGCUUUAAGAGAAAAGUAUGGAAUUACUGAUGAGAUGGUACUUCCAUUUGAACCAACUCCUAUUCUUGAAAUUCCAUCUAUUGGUGAUAUGGCUGCUGUUAUUUUGGUUGAAAAAUUAAAAAUUCAAUCACAAAAUGAAAAAGAAAAACUUGAGGAAGCUAAAAAAGAAGUAUAUCUUAAAGGUUUUUAUGAUGGUGUAAUGCUUGUUGGUAAAUAUAAAGGAAUGAAAGCUGCUGAGGCUAAAAAAAUUAUUCAAGAGGAUCUUGUAGCAUCAAAGGAAGCUUUAAAAUACAGUGAACCAGAAAAAAAGAUUAUUUCAAGAUCAGGAGAUGAAUGUGUUGUAGCAUUGUGUGAUCAAUGGUACCUUAAUUAUGGUGAUGAGGAAUGGAAAAAUAUGGCAAAAAAAUGUUUGAGUCAAUUAGAAACAUACUCUGAAGAUGUUAAUAAAAAUUUACUAAGAACGAUUGAUUGGCUUCAUGAAUAUGCUUGUUCCAGAUCUUAUGGAUUGGGAACUAAACUUCCCUGGGAUCCAGUAUAUCUUAUUGAAUCUCUUUCUGAUAGUACCAUUUACAAUGCUUUCUAUACAGUUGUCCAUAUGUUGCAGGGUAAUUUAGAUGGAAAAGAAUUAGGAAGUCUUCAAAUUCCUGCUGACAAAAUGACAGAUGAUGUUUGGGAAUACAUUUUUUGUUCUAAACCUUAUAAUCCUAAGACAAUGCUUGUUGAAGAAUCAAAAUUAGCAGCUAUGAGAAAAGAAUUUGAAUUUUGGUAUCCUACAGAUAUGCGUGUAUCAGGAAAAGAUUUAAUUCAAAAUCAUCUAACAUUUUAUCUUUUUAAUCAUGUUGCUAUUUGGCCUGACCGUCCAGAUAAAUGGCCUAAAGGAAUUCGUGCAAAUGGUCAUUUGCUUCUUAACAAUGAAAAAAUGAGUAAAAAUACAGGAAAUUUCUUGACUUUAUAUGAAGCUAUAGAAAAGUUUUCUGCUGAUGGUACAAGAUUUUCUCUUGCUGAUGCAGGAGAUGGUAUUGAAGAUGCUAACUUUGUUUUUGCAAUGGCUGACGCUGCUAUUUUAAGAUUAUAUAAUUUUAUAGAUUUUGCUAAAGAAAUUGUUAGUCUUCGUGAUAGUGGAAAAUUAAGAAAAGAUGUUGGUAAUUAUAGUUUCCCUGAUGCAGUUUUUGACUCUGAAAUGUCACUUUUGAUAGAACAAACAAAAGAAGCUUAUGAUAAGACAAAUUUCAAAGAAGCUUUAAAACUAGGAUUUUUUGAAUUUCAAUCAGUCCGUGAUAGAUAUCGUGAGUUAUGUCAAGGAGAAUGUAAUAUGCGAAGUGAUUUAAUAAUGAAAUUUAUAAAGAAUCAAUGUAUUAUUUUAUCACCUAUUUGUACUCAUGUAACUGAAAAAAUAUGGGAAAUUAUUGGUAUGGAAGGUCUUAUUGUAAAUGCUAGGUGGCCUGUUGUUGAUCAGUCAGAUGAAAAGAUAAUUGCACAAGCAAAAUUCUUUGAUUCAGUAAUGAGAGAUUUUAGAUUACGCCUUAAAAAUCAAUUAAAUCCAAAGAAAAAACCAGCUAAACCAAUUUUACCACCAACUUCAGCUAUUAUUUAUAUUGCUGAAAAGUAUCCUUCUUGGCAGGGAAAAACUCUUGAGACCUUAAAUGAGCUUUAUAUUUCUAAUGGAAAUCAAUUUCCUGAUAAUAAAAUUAUCUCACAAACAUUAGGAAAAUGUGAAGAAUUAAAAAAGUUUACAAAGAAACUUAUGCCAUUUGUCCAACUUGUAAAGUCUAAUGUUGAAGAAAAAGGAAUAUCUGCUAUGUCUGUUUUAUGUGAAUUUGAUCAAAAACAAAUUUUAGAAACUAAUCUUUCUUAUAUCUUAUCUUCACUUCAAUUGAAUGAAAUAACUUUUAAGGAUUCUUUAGAUAACAGUGUAGAUAAGACAAUUGCAGAAUCUUGUUGUCCUGGUUCACCUGUUAUUCAAUAUAUAUUUUCUUCAGAAUAG